GUUUCAGCCCCAACAUCUCUUUUGUGCAUGCAUUGUGCUGGAUGGAGAGUAGGAUCUUUGUAGAACUGCUAUGGGGUUCGACAGGGCCUGCAACAGAUAAUCGAAGACAUUAAUUUAGUUUGAUCUUUUAUGGGCAGUGAUUGUGCCCCAGCUCUACGUGUAGUAAGUAUACAGAGUGUUCCUUACAGCCCCACCUACUGCCACAGGAUGCAGCAUCAUCCUCAACACUGAGAUUGAGGGGCAGAUGGUCCUUGCAUAGACAGCUAGCUGGAAUUUUACAUUUUUAUUUAGAUAUAGAUGCAGCUAACAAAACAUUAGUUGCCACAAUUCUCCAUCAUAAGAUUAUUAGUAGCAGUGAAGCAGAUUACUCUGUGACGCAAAGCAGGAAAUAGCAAUGGAGGCAUACAUGCAGCCAGCCACUCUGCUGUGAAUGUGGUGUAUAGCCUUUAUGCUAUGUAAAUGGAUUGUCUGAAAAGGACACGAUGAAGACCCCCGACAACUUCAUGGGUGACAACAAAAAAGACUUGUAAGUUCACAGGGGUGCCUCUUGGUUAUAGUGAAUACAGACAUCGGGCUCAAUUAAAUAAAGUAAUCAACAGGAAUUUACGACAGAAGAAUUAUUUAUGAUGGCAAGGCUUCGUAGAAAGGCAUGCAUUGCUCUAUUUCUCUUUACUCUUUUUAUUUUUGGAACCAUGAUGGGCUUGAGAACUUUAAAGCCUUCUGAUGGAUUUUCUGACUUGGCCCCUGGCCUGGAACUUAUGCCCUUUGCUGAACAGCCUGAAAAGCGUUCUGUGUCUAGUGACAUUAUCUCCCACCCCCAAGGAACUGUAUACACACAAGACCAAACUAAUGUGUAUAAUGACCUCCACAUUUUCUACUAUAUGUGGUAUGGCAACCCCAAGUUUGAUGGAAAUUACAUUCACUGGGACCAUGUUAUGGUACCUCAUUGGGACCCAAAGAUAUCUGCAAGUUACCCAAAGGGCAGGCACAGCCCCCCAGAAGACAUUGGCUCUAGCUUCUACCCAGAGCUAGGACCCUACAGUUCCAAAGAUCCUGAGGUUUUGGAAGAACAUAUGAGGCAGCUAAGAGCAGCGGCUAUAGGGGUGCUUGUUCUGUCUUGGUAUCCUCCUGGCACAGCUGAUGAAAAUGGAGAAGCUGUGGAAGACUUGGUGCCCCUUAUUUUGGAGGCUGCCCUUAAGCAAAACAUUAAGGUGGCUUUUCACAUACAGCCCUACAAAGGGCGAGAUGAUCGCAUGCUGCAUGAUAAUAUUAAGUACAUCAUUGACAAUUUUGGAUCUCAUCCUGCAUUUUAUAGAUAUAAAACCAGUACCAGUAAAAGCCUACCACUUUUUUACAUUUAUGACUCAUACUUGACUCCACCAGAGUCUUGGGCCAACCUUUUGACACCUACUGGUUCUCACACUAUACGUAACACACCUUAUGAUGCAGUCUUCAUUGGUCUUUUGGUGGAAGAAGGACACAAACAUGACAUACUCACAGCCGGAUAUGAUGGAAUUUACACAUAUUUUGCCUCAAAUGGGUUCUCUUAUGGAUCUUCCCACCAGAACUGGAAAUCCAUCAAGAGCUUCUGUGACACAAACAAUCUCAUGUUUAUACCAAGUGUUGGACCUGGUUACAUAGAUACCAGCAUUCGGCCAUGGAACAACCACAACACCAGGAACAGAGUCAAUGGGAAAUAUUUUGAAACUGCCCUUCAGGCAGCUCUCACUGUUCGACCAGAGAUAGUGUCUAUAACCUCCUUUAAUGAGUGGCACGAAGGGACCCAAAUUGAGAAGGCAAUGCCAAAAAAAACUGCAACUCGUCUCUAUCUAGACUAUACACCUCACCAGCCUGAUUUAUACUUGGUUCUUACAAGAAAGUGGGCAGAACAUUUCAAUAAGGAGAAAGAGCAAUGGCUGAUGUAAAUAGGUCUUUACGCUUUACAGGUUUUCCCACAGAAGAAAACAAAACAGUUCAUUAACAAGAGGUUCUUUCUUUGGAAACUAGAUAACUCAAAGAUGAUUUGAUAAAGACUCCACUAAUCAGAGGAGAUCCUGGCAUAAGGUGUACCAAAGAUGUACGUCAUCUAGUGCUAACACAGGCUAUAAGUGAGUGAGUAAUAUCAUCUGCAAUUAUUUUCCACAUGGCAAACUGGAAGAAAUUACUGGCGGUUUUUACAAACUGAUAAUUUAAUAUCUGGGCUGAAUUUUAUUGCAUCCAAAGGCGUUCAUGUUAUUAACCAUACACCACUUUAAAAUCUAGCUUUUAUAACUCUUAACCAAGGGACAACAGAACAUAUGUCUGCAAAGGGAUUCCAAAUUAAAUCAUAUAAAAACUUUUUAAUGAUUUAAAGAAAGUAAAACGCAUGCAGUUGUUUUACAUGAAAUCCUUUUGGUUUAAAUCUUUAUGGUAUACUCAGAGCUGAUCUCCAAAAUUACUUAUGUUCCUUAAUGGAGUUUCCAAAACAAACAAAUGGUCUCUAUGCUGUAAACGUUAACUUUGACACCUUUCUUUUUUUUGUAACAUCCAAAAAUAAACUUUGGAAACUAUAA